GGGUUAAAGGUUUACAGAAUGAUUCGACAAAACCUAUUCAUUUCGGCAAUUUCGACCCGGCGAUGCGUUGCUACCACCUGGAGAUGGCACUGUGCCAAGUUUCAUAGCAAUACACAGAAUCAAUUCAAUGUAGAGCAGGAUGUAGAGCAGAAGACUACACCACAAGUACCCUAUCGUCUAGUAGGAAGAGUUCCUCUUGGUUCUCAGAAUAUGAAAGAGCUGGAGUCAGACAUUAUUUUGAUACAAUCAAAGAUCAGAGAAACUGUGAAUGUUACACCAUUGGUUCUUCAUAUGGAUGCCUUCACAUGCGAGAAAAUACUUACGAAUGACCCCACUCGUCACGAAAGAAAAAUUGUCACGAUCCAUGAAAUGCAAGCAGAGAGGCAGGAAAUCAAACAGGCAAUACAGGAAUCCAAACAGGAAAGACAGAUCUUAAGACAGACUUUAUCGAAAGAAAGACAGGCUGCAUGGAUAGAAAGACAGGCUGCACGGAAAGAAAGACAGAAAGAAAGACAGGCUGCAUGGAAAGAAAGACAGACGGCAUCGAAAGAAAGACAGGCUGCAUGGAAAGAAAGACAGAAAGAAAGACAGGCUGCAUCGAAAGAAAGACAGACGGCAUCGAAAGAAAGACAGCAAUUGAGACACGAAAAGAAGGCUUUAUCAGAAAGAAACCUGAAGUUGGAAGUAAGAAUUGAAAAUCUGGAAGAUGACAAGAAACGACGACAUGCUGGAGAAGUGGUUAACAUCAGAGAAAAGUUGGCACGAUUAGUUCUCUGUCACAAGAUAAAUAAACAACGCAAGCAGCAGUUAGAUGAUCCAAAGGAUAUCAAGGCUAUGAAAGAAGAUCGAAAUUCGCUUGCACACGAAAUCGAUCUGUAUACAACACUUGAACAAAUGGCUACUCACCCCGGUCACUUUGAUAUCUGCUCCAUCACAGUCUUUGGAGAAACACAGAAUAAGAUCCGAGAAUUGCUUACGUGGGAUGAGGAUCGAGAGUGUAACGUUUACAAUAUCUUCAAUGAGCGUGGUGAUGCUUGGCACAAUCAAUUCGCUAAUACCUGUAUAGAGCCAUUCAAUAAGUGGCUGUCGGCAAUAUAUGCACUUAAACGAACCGAAUCAGCCAUGUUGGAGAACCCAUCUUCCUAUCUCGAAAAUUCCAUUCAGAAACAAAAGGAUGUGAUCAAGGAAUCAAUUAGAGAAUGGAAGGAAACCUUUUUAAUGGACAAAUCAAAAGAAGGAUUGGCAACGUGGGUGUGCCAAGAGGCAAUCAAGAAGGAUUACAAAGACAGAGGAUUGAUAGACCGCAUAGAAGCAGCGUUAUUAAAAAGAGUUGUUUUGACUGGAAAAUGUAAGAAGAUUGAGGAGACUGAGGAGACUGAGGAGACUGUGGAGAGCAAGAGUGAGAAGACUAAGAAAGAAGGGAAGUGAGAUCCCAACGCGAAUAUGGAGUAGAAAAGUCAGAAGUGAAGUGGUGGCAGGCUCAGGUGAGAUUAUGGUUGGGUAAUGGGAGUUGUUUACAUUGAUUUACUCUGGCACUGGAGAGGAGAACAACGGUGAAGUGAGCUUUAUGCUUGUUUGGGUUGGUUCUGUUAUGGGGAGGCACCUCAAAAUUAGAUUUACUUUCACGAAAUUUACAACACAUUCCACUCA